AUGAAAGAUAAGAUUUCCACUCACGAAGGAGUUCUUCAUCUGAGAACUACAACUGAUCUUGAAAUCAGCUGUGCCAGUCCCUCAGAUUUAUCACCCAAUCCAGAUGCAAUUAGGAGGUCUAACUCCUCCCCUGUGCAAUCAGAUUUACCUUCAUUAUUUAAUAAUUUACGCGCAAAUGAGGCAAGCUCUGACGGUUCGGGAAGGUCCUUAGUAAAGAGAUUUCUUUCCAUUGGUAAGGCUGACGACAAAGUGGAAGAACUAGCUAAGAAUGGAAUCGACCAUCCACUUUCUAAUAAGCUUGCAAAUGAACAUAAAUUGGGUAAACAUAAGAAAACUUCUGACAGCGAUGGGCGAGUAAUCAUACCGCCGGUAUUUCUCAAGGAUGGGAUGCCCCUCUUAAAAGUCUCCCACAAAUCGAAAAAGAGAAUUGUCUUCAAAAUAGAUCCAGAUAAUUUCAUUCUUUCCUGGAAUGUUGCUCCGAAUGCAACUAAAGUGUCCCCUUCAACUCCAACCCAAUUGUAUAAGCUACUUACUCCAACAUCGAAAAAAGAGUCUACCAAGAUUAAUGGAAGCAAAUAUCACAGAGAGAUAUCAAUUGAUGAUAUCAAAAAUGUACUAUUCCAAGAAGAUGCUAGUAACUAUAGAGAGGAACUUCAUAUUUCUAAAGAAUAUGAAAAUACCUGGUUAACGCUAUUUUAUUAUAACGAAAAGAAGAAGAAAUUGAAAACAUUACAUGUCAUUGCAGAUUCUGAACAUGAUUUCAGGCGAUUGAUAUCAGUAUUGUUGGAUCUUAAGAAAUUGAGAGACGACUUAGCUCGAAAUUUCUUAAUUGAUUUGGAUGGGCUAGAUGAAGUCAGGAGAAGUAUGAUUCUUGAAGGUGGGAAACAAAUUAAGGAAUUUUUAUCAUUCUAUGAUAUUUUGAAGUAUUCAAAGAGACUUAAUAUCAGUGUAAGUUCAUCCUACUUGCGUAAAGUAUUUGAUCAAGUUUCACCUGACGAUUUGUCUGUAGAUUUUGAACAAUUCAAAACGUUUGUUUCAAUCUUAAAACAUAGAGAGGACAUCCUUGAAAUAUUUAAGAACUUAAACUCACGAGAUCCAGAUGAUACUAAGAUGAAUUAUUCUGGAUUUAGAAGAUUCAUAAAAACCGUGCAAUACGAAAGUUAUCAAGAUGAUCAAAUUAUGAGAUUGUUUAAUACUUAUAGUGGGAAAGAAGGGUAUAUUUCUUCUGAAAAUUUCAACAACUAUUUAACUUCAAAGUACAAUAAUCCUAUUAAUUUUGUUGGUGAGCAUGCCACCAAAAAUCACGAGAGAAAUGAUUUAUAUUUCGACAAACCAUUAAAUGAAUAUUUCAUUUGUUCCUCGCACAACACAUAUCUACUAGGAAGACAGAUUGCCGGAGAUAGUUCAAUUGAGGGCUACAUACGAGCAUUACAAAGAGGAUGCCGAUGCGUGGAAAUUGAUGUAUGGGAUGGUGACUCUCAGGAUGAGCUAGAAGAAAUAGUUGAUGCGAACAAACUGGAAUAUGACGAUAACAAUAAGGUAGGUGGUGAAAGUGAACCUGUGGUUAGUCAUGGAAGAACCUUUACUACUAGUAUUUCAUUGCUGAACGUCGUUAAAACGAUUAAGAAGUAUGCAUUUAUGACCUCGCCUUAUCCAGUUAUUCUCAGUCUUGAAGUACACUGUAAUACAGCAAACCAGUUGAAAAUGAUCUUAAUUUUAAAGGAGAUAUUGGGUGAUAUGCUAGUACUAGUCCCUAUCGCAAAUUGGUUCGGCUUGCCUUCGCCUAAAGACCUAAAGCAUAAAAUUCUUAUCAAGGUGAAAAGGACAAGUGAUUCUUCGAAGUUGUCAGUAUCAGAAAGUGGUAAAUACUAUUCUUCUACUACUUCUACUACUACAUCCUUUAGUGAAGACAACUCCAAGGAAUCUCUGCCAGCUCGUAAGAGAAGUGGAUCUUUCAGUCUUAGGAGAAGUAAAUCCAAAGUUAAACAUAAGAUAUGCGAAGAAUUAAGUGACUUGGGAGUGUACAUUCAGGGGAGGAAAUUCAUCAACUUUUCUCUUCCUGAAUCUAAGACGUUUAAUCAUUGUUUUUCGAUUAGUGAAAAAGUUUUGAAUUCUAUGCUAAAGGAUGACGUUAGGAGGGUGCAAGUUGAUAAACAUAAUAGACGGUAUCUAAUGAGGAUGUACCCUUCCAAAAUUAGAUUGACGUCGACAAACUUCAGUCCAAUACCCUAUUGGACUCAUGGGGUACAAAUGGUUGCAACGAAUUGGCAAACAUAUGAUUUAGGCCAGCAGCUUAACGAGGCACUUUUCGAAGGAGUAAACAAAUCUGGUUAUGUGAUCAAGCCGAUUGAACUCAGAAAGCCUCUUUUAAAGUCAAUGCGAGAGAUAGCUUCUUCGGAUCGGAAGAUUCUGUUUUGCAUUGAAGUCGUAAGUGCUCAUCAAUUACCGAAACCGAGGGAUACUGUGAUGAAUCCAUUUAUAAAUUUUGAGAUUAUUGGAGCGACAGACAUCACUUGGAGCAGCCCUCAAAUAGUGGGUACAAUCGGUAGGACUACUACUGUACCAGAGAAUGGAUUCAAUCCAACAUGGAACCAGAAAUUCAGUGGAAUAAUUAAAGCAUCCAAUGAUUUUGUCUUUAUUAGAUUUUUGAUAAAUUCAGAAACCGAAAAUGAGAUCAACACAAUUGGAAUAGUUGUGAUGAAACUUAAUGACCUUAAAAGGGGGUACAGGUAUCUUCCUAUAAAUGAUAUCUCGGGUGAAGAACUAAUCUAUUCGCAGCUCUUCGUUAGAAUUGACUAUCAAGAGAUAACUUGA